AUGAACUCUACACGACAAUCACACUCUCGCACGAACUCGCACACGGUCAUCACGGGGCCGCUUAAUACCGCUCAUCGCGUAGCACGCCGCAAGAGUGUCACAAAUAGCAACGCAAACAUUGUCGCUGCUGCGGCUGCUGCUGCCGCAAUCGGAGACAUGAACACCAAGGUUCCGUCCCUGCCCAUCAACAUCGGCGCCCGGCGGAUGUCAAAGUCCGGAGCUGGCGGCAUGGUCUCUCCACCCGCCAGCAUGCCCGCCCACAAGUUUCUGAACGCGGAGGUCAAGCCGGAACACCAGGACAGCGCCAUUGAUGACCAGGAGAAUGCGUCGCCCGAAGAAGGGGACGCCUUGCAGAAAGAUCGCGUUCGGAGGGCUAGCGACGGCCAGCCCCAGGCGAAGGAAGGUCGGAGGUUCAACCGACCUGAACUUCGCUGCGAACACUGCGGGAAGGGAUACAAGCAUAGCAGUUGCCUGACCAAGCAUUUGUGGGAACACACGCCGGAAUGGUCUUACACUUCCAAGCUCCUCAUAUCCAAGCACCAGCAGGUGCAGCUCCUGGAAGCUGCCUCUGUUCUAGUUGCUAUGAAUGACCAGCCGCCCAGCCCUCCGGACUCUGCGCGUGAGACAUCGCCGUCCGUUUCUGGUGGGUCGUCCGAGCAGGUGGACGGCCGCAGCUCUGUAAAUACCACGCCGCCGCCCCAUAUGGAGGGGUUCCACUCCUCCACGGAAGCUGUCAAGUAUCAGUUCUCCCCCACCUCGCCGUUCGGUGGCGACAACUUCCGAAGCGGGAUCUCUCGGUCGCUAUACGCCGCCCCCUCGGAAAGCUCAUAUGCAACGAGUGUGCCAUUCGGCGCAGGGUUCGGCCAUCAGUACCUGGAACCAAGCCCUCCACCUUCUGGUCUGAGCGUCUCCGGCGACGCGAACAACCUGGCCAGCAGGGUCGCCAUGUUGAGCUGCAGCUACAACAGCAACAGUGGCUCCCAAGCCGGCCAGAUGCACGACGGCGUGCCUGCGGUCCCUCCGAUCCCGGCGCAUUUCCUCGGGCAGGAUUCCCUCGGGCAAUCGCCGUUCCUCAGUAGCUUCCCCAAUCAGGCGCCAGAAAGUUUCACCCGCGGUGACAGGCGCCGGGGCAGCGAAGAUGUCAAGAUGGAGUACGGCGACAAUGACGACGAUGCUCGGUCCCGGGCCCGCAGCGACGAAUAUGAUGUUAACGACGGCUUCUUCGGGCGCAUGGAGGAGUAA